AUGGCACGGUGGGGCUGUUAUUCCAUUCCCUAUCCUUCCAACCUUCAACCCCCACCCCUCAUUCCCCUCGCAGGUCUGCUGUCCUGUCUGGCCACCAACCCGUUCAUGCCAGGCCUUCUGGCCAUGGGGUCGUACGAUGGCAGUGUGGGGCUGUACGGGGAUCUGGGCAGGGAGGCCAUGGCAGUGAUGCACGGGCACACAGGAGGGGUCACUCAGGUGGGUGGGAGUGUAGGGUUGGGUGUGUGUGCUGCUUCAAUGUCAGUUGUUGUCCCGUGCACACUCCUCCCCUCUUCCCCCUCCCCCCCAUCCAACCCCCCCUUUUUCUGCACCCCCCUCCUCUGCACGCAUCACGCCAUGCCAGGUGCUCCUUUUCUCGGGAUGGCAACAUCUGAGCCACGUCCAAACCUGAUUUCCUUCUGCACCUCUCUCUCUCCCUCUGCACACACCACGCCAUGGCAGGUGCUCUUUUCUCGGGAUGGCAACUUCCUCUACUCGGGUGCGCGCAAGCAUGCAGCUGAUAGUAUGCAGCGGUGUGUGACAUCCACCAAUCAGCGCAUUGCAUUUGACAUUGACCCCUCCAACCGCCAUCUCGCCACCGGGGGAGAGGACGGUCAGGUGUGGGUGUACGAUCUCGCUUCAGGCUCCAAAAUCGCAGCCUUUCAAGCCGCUCAAGAUACCAUCAAUGGAUUCGCCUUCCACCCCUGCCUGCCGCUAGCUGCCACGUCAUCAGGCCACCGCAGGUUCCACCUGCCGCCGCCCCUCACUCCUGCCAGCCCACCUGAAGCAGACAACUGCUCACCUGAAGCACCCGCCAUUGCACCUGAAGAGGGGCACGUUUCCCCUGAGUGUGCACUGGCAUCACAUCACAAGACAUCAGAUCGGCUCCACAGUGAGUGCUUGCUCGCGACUCAAUCCUUACAUGGUCUUUAA